UGUCUCUUCACACUUCAUAUUACUUGCAAAGCGUGACUGGCAGCGAUGGAAAUACAGUCUUUAAUUGAUCACCGUUCAACUGCUGUCAUAUAGAUAUAUCAACCAUCGAAUAAAAACAAGUCGGCCUGCGUGCACUCGGACUUUGGUGACACGCAAUAGCCAACCGGACUACGGGAAUGUAAUCUUUCUCCUGACGUUUUGCAUAUUGAAAAAAAGGAACUGAAAAUUGGAUAUCUAUGAGGAUUUCCCAUUCAAGGUUGCUCGUCCAGCGCCGGAAAUGGAUGGCACUACCGGUGGACAAUUCCCUGUGCACCGCCGGCGGUCGCUUAAUUGCGACGGGGCUCGGACGGAAAAUCCAUACCAGUGACGAUCUCAAGUAAGAUCUCAAGUACGAAUGUUGUCAUACUGAAGUUUACGAAACGACUGCCCAAGAGGAGGACAGUAGCUUCAUCAGCAUAUUUCACCAUUAAAACCGAAGAUUUUUAACAAAAGUGCCACAAUGCCAGAAACGAGAUUGUACAACGACUACCUGGUUAGCGUAGCCCCGCCACAGCCGAACGCUGUGGAAGACGGGGCGGUGUACUCGCGGAGUCCGCUAGCUAACGGCACCCCGUGGAUACCUAGCCACAAAACCCUGGUCGUGUCGCUACGGCAACACAAUCCCAUUAAGCCAGUCGUGUGCGCUGCUUUCUUGAGCGUCUUGGCGGUGGUUGCCGUCGUACUGAUCUUCAAUGCUUUAUUUUCACAGCCGAACAGAAACCAGACCUCCAAUAUGCAAUUUCCAGAGUCCAACUUCCCAGUCACCACUGAGGGGGUACAACCCCUCCAGUGCGGCACCAGACCCGCAUUUUCGGCCAAGCGGAGGAAGCGGAUUGUGAACGGUGUGCUUUCCUCAGACGGCCAAUGGCCGUGGCAGGUAGCCGUGGAGUACAGGGGCCGGUACAGAUGCGGCGGAGUGGUGAUCACUACCGACUGGGUCAUGACCGCAGCACAUUGUAUGUACUUGGAACACGGUUGGCAGAGACUCAACGCGAGUGAGUUCACAGUCCACGCAGGAAGCACUGUUAGGAACCACACGGUGAAGAACAAUGCCAACGUCCAAAUCGCAACAGUGCGGACGUUCUACAUCCACCCCCGGUAUCUGGCCGAGAGGCGAAUCGAUAACUACGACAUUGCGAUGUUGAGGUUGGCUCGGCCGCUGGAGUGGGGUAGCGGCUAUGUGAUGCCGGCCUGCCUCCCCGAGCAAGGGAUGAAAUUCACCCCGGAGGACGAGUGUUACCUGGCCAGCUGGGGCAGCAUUAAACCACAGUUGUUUCUGCGAGCAGAGCAGACGCACAUUGCCAUGCCGCUCCUUUCCAGGGAAGACUGUUACGCCUUUGCCUCCACCAUCUCCCCAAGACACACGCUGCAGAUCAAUGAGCAAAAGCUGUGUGCUGGAAUCUUGCCAACUGUUAGUGGACACAGGGCGGGGGCAUGCAAGUUUGACAGUGGCAGUGGGCUGGUAUGUCUGAACAGCAACGCAGAGCUUGGCAAGGAGGGAAGUUGGUACAUCGUCGGCCUGGUAAGCGGUGGUAAGAAAUGUGGUGAAGUCAACUACUAUACUAACGUGACUACAAUGAUGAGCUUCAUCCAACCAUUGGUUAAUGGGCAUCUACCACCACAAUUAUUUAGCUGUGAUAAAGGUCAAAGAUCGAUUUGGUCUGAUCAGGUGUGUGACGGGCACUUUGACUGUGAUGAUCAGAGUGAUGAGCAACAAUGUGAGUGUGCAGAGACUCAGUUUCGCUGUGACAAUGGCCUGUGUAAGAUGGACUAUUACUGUCACUGCAACGGACAAGAUGACUGCGGUGAUGGCAGUGAUGAACGUAACUGCAGUUACUUUGACUGUGGGGAUGGCAAGCAGAUUGCACCUCAGAUGAUGUGCGAUGGAGAGAUUGAUUGCGAUACUUUGAGAGACGAGACUAACUGUGAGUGUAGUCCUAGUCAGUUCCGCUGUGAUAACUCCAUCUGUGUGCCUGGUUUCUGGAGGUGUGAUGGUAUUGAUGACUGCCUGGAUGCCAGUGAUGAGCUGAACUGCAACUGCACUGCAGACCAGAUGGAUUGUGGGAAUUCCCGCUGUGUACCUCAUAACCGCAUGUGUGACUUAACAGAUGACUGCGGGAACUUCAGAGAUGAGGCAAACUGCACUUGUGUCUCCGAUCAUUUCCCCUGUGAAUCCCUGGGUAUAUGCCUCCACACCGACCUGCUUUGGACAUGUCAGCUGAUAAUGUAUGAUGACACCAGUGAUGAUUCAAGUCAAAUUGCAUCAGAGGGAAGUUCUGCUGAUGAAGGUGCCCCAUGAAUAUCGACAUGCUGGUGUUUGCAUCUGUUUUGUCAUGCACAAUCUAAAUCAUACCCAAAGAUAAGAGUAACUACUAGCUCCUUGAAAAUCACACUGCAGCGGCAGGGAGUAUCACGGGGAGAUUGAUGAUGGGGCAAGCAGAUGGUCACUGGGUGAUUCAUGUGUACCGGUAUAUACAUGUACAUGGAAACAGUCAGCCAUGUUUGUUACAUGUUACAUGUUCAUUAAACGACAAAUGAAGCAAGUUGCACCUUAUAGUGCAAGAAAUGAAUUCAAACCUUUGAUUACAAAGAGUUUUUCAGUCAGAGAAUUUGCAGAAAUGUUGCCAUCAAGGGGUGCACCCUUUACAUCUGACAUCUGGUCAAUGCAGUCAUUGCACCCUCACUGCACAACAAAUGUGCAAGGUUUUAAGGCCCCUGAAGUUGCACUGUCUGUAUGUAACACAAUAAAAUUCCACACAGAAUUGAUGACAUACAUGCAUGAGACGCCACCUAACUGCCAAAUGAUCUGCUACAGAUGGGUAACAGUAAAGGUGAAACAAGACAGCAUAUCCACACUGGAAUGACGUUCAAUUGCUCUAUCCAGCCAAAUCACCAUGCAUGUACGUGAAUUAUAAUAAGCUGUGCUGCUCUUGCAAAGGAUCUGUAUUGUAAGUUGCUAAACCAUUACAAUGCCAUCUUUGCAAGGGCAAAAGACCUUGCAUAUGACUUCCACACAACAUGUACAUCAUUGUGAAGUAUUUGAAAUUGAACAAUUGAAUGGGGUAGUUCCACUUUACCCAAUUAAACCUUUGAAAUUGAACAAGUAUUUAUGUCAUCCAUCUUUCAUCUGCUCCUUUCUGGGGCAAGACAAUAAAGAGUGUUCCAUUUUGUAGGAGAAAAUCCCUCAGUCAAUAUUCAAUGGAAACCUACAGAAUCUGGUAGGGACAGUAAAUCCUACUACAUGUUGGUUUGGGCAUGAUUUGGGCCUAGGUCACUGAGGCAGAAGGCAAGGAAAUAAGUUGUCACCAAGCCAACCUCACCCCUUGAGUGUUCAGAGGCAUUUAGAGGCACUUCACAAUACACACAUGUACAUGUAUAAAGUCUUUUCAACUCCACCAAAUUUCUCCUUUUACAUGUAGAACUAUUCAUAUUUUUGCUGUUUUUUGUAGUCCUUCUGGGGUAAAUAACUGCAGAAGGUGUCAGUGUGAAUAAUUAUCUUGCCAUGACAUCUGUACUAUUAUAACAGCCAAUAGUACUCAGCGUUACAGCACAGACAGAGUUGAAUGUAUGUAGCAUAUGUUCUGAUUGGAUGACUGAUGUUGUACGUAACACUGCAAUAUGUCAUGCCCCAUGGCAAAACCAAUCUGCUUCCUUAAUCAGUUAAUAAAUUUAAUGGCAAAGUUUAAACCAAGUCCCAUCAAACAGUUUCCAACCUGUGUUAAGUAUGUCUUGAUUAGUUUGGAAUAAUUAUACCGAUUCUAUAACCUUGACAAAAUACAUAAAGCAAAGAGUGCAGUUUUUAGCUGAGAGAAGCCUUUAAUAGACAAAGGUGUCAUUUACAGUGUACAGCGUAAAAUUCACUUAGAUUUCAGGGUUUUUUUGUGUACUCGUUUUCACGUAAAACAAUAAAUUCUACCUGUCUAUAAAGAUUGUUUCCAAUUAGUUUUUCUAUGUAACAGUGUACAUGUACAUGAAUUGUUAUGUGAUAAAGCUUACCAGAUUUGGUGUGAUACAUAGAUCUCUGGGGAUAUGUACAACUGCUGUGAUAAUCAGCAACCUUAAAUUUUCAGUAUUUAUGUCAGAAGGCAUUUUAAGUGUUUGGUUGGUAGUUAUUUUCAUAGCUCACAAAGCCUUGAACUGAACCAGCACAUUUCACAGACACGUACAUGUAUUGUAUACCCUUUAUUGUUGAUGGUAUGCAUAUGUACAUGUAUGUUGAUGAAUGCAUAUGUAUGUUG